GAUCUCUCUUGUGAAUUGGGGAUCGGUUUCGUGAAAUAAGGCUCUGUUCUAAAAUAUAUCCAAUGGAGGGUGCAGCAGCACUAGCAGUCGGAGGAUGGCUAGCGCAGCCUGUCAUCAGGAUGCUUGUCGACAGGGUGUCCACAUCGUCGCUGAGAGGAAAGCUGCACGGCCUUCAGGACGAUGACUUGCAGAAGCUACAAAGAUCUCUGCUUAACAUCCACACGAUCGUCGACAAGGCAGGGAUGAGAUGGAGCAGGGACGCGAGGUUAGUCGAGAUGAUGAAGCAACUCCAAGAUGCCGCAUACGACGCCGAAGACUUCCUCGAUUACCUGACGUUCCAUGGCAUGAAGCAAAAGAUUAAAGAAGAGGCAAGUCACAUGGCGGGUAACCGCAUUUCUAGAGCUAUUAGGAACGCCAAAGCUAAAUUGUUCAGUGAUUCUGUCAAAAGACUGAACAAGAUCCAGAAAAAGUUGGAUUGUAUUUAUGCUGACAUGAAGGAAAUGUGCCAAUUAUUACAAGCAGAUGCAUCUGAUGGGCAGUAUCAAUCUGAUUUGGCGUCGGCCACACGAGAAACAAGCUCUUUCUUGAUCAGCAAAGUGCUUGGCAGAGAGGAAGAACAAAAGAGAAUAAUAGAGCUAUUACUAAGAUCAACAGACGAGUCAGCAUCAGCAAGUGACAAGGGCAGUAGCUUCUCGGUCAUACCUCUUGUCGGAAUAGGAGGUGUUGGGAAGACUACUCUGGCUCAGCUUGUUUACAAGGAUAAAGAGAUUCAGAACCAUUUCGCCCUCAAGAUUUGGAUUUGUGUGUCCGAGAAUUUUAAUGUGCAAAGACUCACCAAGGAGAUCAUCGAGUCUGUAACCAAGACUGAAGAUUCUUCGCAAAUGAAGUUAGAUGUUCUCCAAAACAUUCUGAAAGAGAAAAUUGCAUCUAAGAUGAUUAUGUUAGUCCUCGACGAUGUAUGGAAUGAAGACGAGGAGGAGUGGAGAAAGUUGUGUGCACCAUUCGAGGAUGCUGCUGCAGGAAGCAAGGUCAUAGUGACAACUCGGAGCAAGAGCAUUGCUGACAAAAUUGGUACAGUGGAGGCGAUUGUUCUUGGCGAUUUAGAUAAAAUAUCAUUUUGGGAGCUGUUCAAGAAAUGUGCAUUUGGUCCUUCGAAACCUGAGGAGCACCCAGAACUUGAGGAAAUCGGGAGAAUUAUAGCUUCAAAGUUGAAGGGCUUGCCACUAGCAGCAAAAACAGUGGGAAACUUGUUAGGAUCCAACAUGAACCCACACUACUGGAGAAGUAUAAUGAAGAGCGAGGUAUGGGAAUUGCAACAGAAUCAAAAUGAUAUUAUUCCAGUUCUACAACUGAGCUAUCAAUAUCUUAGUGCGCCUCUCAAGCGGUGUUUUGCCUUCUGUUCCCUCUUUCAAAAGGAUUACGAGUUUUCUGAAAUUGAAUUAACAAGAAUGUGGAUGGCCGAAGGGUUCGUUGUAUCUCAAGGAAAUCAGAGGAUGGAAGAUGUAGCAAGUAAGUACUUUCAUGAGUUGGUCAACAUGUCUUUGUUUCAACAAGAAACAACAUUUGGGAGGCAAUAUUAUGUGAUGCAUGACCUCAUACAUGAUCUAACACAGUCGGUUUCUAUGGACGAAACAAGUAGGAUGAAUGAUGGCAAGUCCAAUAAGAUAUCAACCACCCUCCGUCAUCUAGUAGUUGAAACAGAGUUCGUAGAGAUAAAAUAUGUGAGGUCUAGAUUAAAGAAAUUACAUUCUCUAUUCUUUAGAGAGUCACCACCCAUUGACUUUGUCAAAAAAUUAAGAAGCAUUCGUGUAUUGGUUUUGUCUGGUUGUGGCUUGCGGAUGCUGCCUACUAGUGUUGGUAAAUUGGUACAUCUCCGAUACCUGGACAUUUCUUACAAUGGAAUAAAAAAAUUGCCUGAAUCCCUGUGUGAACUCUACAAUUUGCAAACACUGAUAGCAAAAGACAAUUCACUAAUCUCUCUUCCAGAAGAUAUUAGUGAACUCGACAAUUUGCAAACACUGAUAGACAAUGAACUAAUCUCUCUUCUAGGAGAUAUAAGUAGUAGACACUACAGUUGGCAAACACCGAUAGCAAAAGGCAAGUCACUAAUCUCUCUUCCAGAAGAUAUAAGUCAGCUAAUUAAUUUGAGGCAUAUUGAUGUUGAAAAUGAAGUAGCUGUAAAGAUAAAAAUGAUAGGAAGGCUAACCUCUCUUCAAGAAUUGUCUGAAUUUCAAGUGCGAAAGGAAGUUGGAUUCAAAAUCACAGAGCUAAGUGGUUUGAAGCAGCUUCAUGGAAAACUCAAAAUUACUAAUCUGGAGAAUAUUGAAACUAAAGAAGAGGCUGAAAAUGCUCAAAUGAAGAACAAAGAGUACCUUGAUGCUCUAGAGUUGGAAUGGGAAUCUGAUCCCAAGUUGAAGAACAAGUUAGCUGCCACAGAGGUACUUGAAGGGCUCCAACCGCAUGAGUCGCUAAAACGAUUAAAGAUCAGUAGGUAUUAUGGUGUCAGAUCACCUAGCUGGUUGAAAAAGGAGUUAUCCAACUUGGAAAGACUUGAGUUGAGUCACUGUGAGAGUUGGAAAGAUAUUUCCUGCACUGCAUUGCUGCCGCACCUUAAGGUCUUCUACAUAGAGAGCAUGUGCUUCUCGAAAUCAUGUUUUGAGGUAUGUGGUUCUAGAGAGAGCAAAUUAUUUCCUAUGCUAGAAGAGCUACAGUUGACGAACAUCAAUGUAUCGGAAGAAUUUCUCAAUCUUGGACGAUCUCCUUGUCUGAGGGUCGUUCGAAUGACAAAAAUAGAGUCAUUGAAACACAUUGAUUUUGCAGCAUCUUGUGCCAUGGAAAAUUCCUUGUUUCCUAUGCUAGAAGAGUUGGAGUUGAAGCACAUGCCUGCGUUGGAAGAGUUAUCCACUCUAGGACAUUUUCCACUGCUCAGGGUUCUUCGCAUGAUAGAAAUGAGGUCAUUGAAACACAUUGAUUUUGCAGCAUCCGGUGCCAUAGAAAAUUCUUUGUUUCCUAUGCUAGAAGAGUUGGAGUUGAGGAACCUGCAUGCGUUGGAAGAGUUCUCCAGUCCUGGACAUUUUCCACUUCUCAGGGUUUUUCGCAUGAUAGAAAUGAGGUCAUUAAAACACAUUGAUUUUGCAGCAUCCGGUGCCAUAGAAAAUUCCUUGUUUCCUAUGCUAGAAGAGUUGGAGUUGAGGAACCUGCAUGCGUUGGAAGAGUUCUCCAGUCCUGGACAUUUUCCACUUCUCAGGGUUUUUCGCAUGAUAGAAAUGAGGUCAUUAAAACACAUUGAUUUUGCAGCAUCCAGUGCCAUAGAAAAUUCCUUUUUCCCUAUGCUAGAAGAGUUGGAGUUGAGGAACCUGCAUGCGUUGGAGGAGUUCUCCAGUCCUGGACAUUUUCCACUUCUCAGGGUUUUUCGCAUGAUAGAAAUGAGGUCAUUAAAACACAUUGAUUUUGCAGCAUCUCGUGCCAUAGAAAAUUCCUUGUUCCUUAUGCUAGAAGAGUUGGAGUUGAGGAACCUGCAUGCGUUGGAAGAGUUCUCCAGUCCUAGACAUUUUUCACUUCUCAGGGUUUUUCGCAUGAUAGAAAUGAGGUCAUUAAAACACAUUGAUUUUGCAGCAUCCGGUGCCAUAGAAAAUUCCUUGUUUCCUAUGCUAGAAGAGUUGGAGUUGAAGCACAUACCUGAGUUGGAAGAGUUCUCCACUCUAGGACAUUUUCCACUUCUCAAGGUUUUUCGCAUUAUAGAAAUGAGGUCAUUGAAACACAUUGAUUUUGCAGCAUCCGGUGCCAUAGAAAAUUCCUUGUUUCCUAUGCUACAAGAGUUGGAGUUGAGGAACCUGCAUGCGUUGGAAGAGUUCUCCAGUCCUAGACGUUUUCCACUUCUCAGGGUUUUUCGCAUGAUAGAAAUGAGGUCAUUAAAACACAUUGAUUUUGCAGCAUCCGGUGCCAUAGAAAAUUCCUUAUUUCCUAUGCUAGAAGAGUUGGAGUUGAGAUACAUGCCUGCAUUGGUAGAGUUCUCCGGUCUAGGACAUUUUCCACUUCUCAGGAUUCUUCACAUGAUAGAAAUGAGGUCAUUGAAACACAUUGAUUCUGUAGCAUCCGGUGCCAUAGAAAAUUCCUUGUUUCUUAUGCUAGAAGAGUUGGAGUUGAGGAACCUGCAUGCGUUGGAAGAGUUCUCCGGUCUAGGACAUUUUCCACGUCUCAGGGUUCUUCGCAUGAUACAAAUGCAGUUGUUGAAACACAUUGGUUUUGCAUCAGUUCAUGCCACAAAAAAUGAACUGUUCCCUGUGCUAGAAGUGCUAGAACUGAUGGAGUUGCCAGUUUUAGAUGAGCUCUCUGAUCUUGGUUCACUUCCAUGUCUCAAGUCUCUCUGCAUAACAAGGAUGCCUAUGGUAAAACAUAUUGAUUUUGCUUUCUACGGUGCUACAGAAAAAGUACUACUUCCAAGGAUGGAGACGCUAGUAUUGCAUGACCUGGAGGCACUGGAGGAGCUUCCUAGUAAUCUUGGACGACUUCCAUGUCUUAAGGUUCUUAAAAUUGUAAAUAUACCAGCAGUGAAACAGAUAGGCCAUGGGUUUUUUAGCACUGAAGCUAUAUCCAAGUGUUUUCUUAGCUUGGAAAAUCUCUUCAUCAACCACAUGCCGGCAUGUGAAGGGUGGUGUUGGAUUGACGGCAGCGAGCUAUUUCCGAGCUUACGAAGACUUGCUAUCUAUAGAUGCCCUAAGCUCGAGAGGUUACCUCCUCUCCCUCCUUCGCUUACAAAUUUAGUACUAUAUGAAGUUGGGUUAACAGAGCUGCCAAGCCUACGGGAACUAGAAACAAAUGGAAGCGGAGGCAAUCAAAUGACAUCAUUUCUCUCAAAGUUACAAAUCAGUAAAUGCAACAAUUUGACAAGCUUAGAAGAAGGGUUGCUGUUGCAGAAUCUAUCAAAUAUCGAAGUCAUUCAUGUAAUAGGAUGUCAUGAACUCAUGCGGAUGCCUCUCAAGAGAUUUGAAAACUUCACUUCGCUCAAGCAAUUACAGAUAAGAGCUUGUCCCAAGCUUAGCCUGACACAAGAAGAGGAAGCCGCCCUCCUUCCACCCUCCAUCAAACGUUUAAUAUUGCUCGACUGAACGUCUUCUAUAUCUGUCGGGCCAGCACUAGGGGCCGUUAGGGUAGUGUGGCGAUCUCGGCAAAUUGUGGCGUGGCAACCGCUACCGCUUGAUCUGAUGACUUUGUUGGUCUUCCUCCAACCGAUCCUAACCGUCCGUCUUCAAUAUCACACAAAUUUUCUAGGUUCAGAUCACAUAAUAUUCUUGGUCUGACCGUUCGUGUCACCCGACCAAUCCGCCCCACAAGGUUCGGCGACUCGGUUACAAAGCCAAGCAGGGAUAUGUCAUUUAUUGUGUCUGAGUUAGAUGUGGUGGGAGAAAGAGGCCACAGCCAAGGGUAACGUCCAUGACAAGUCCAAGUCAGCGUAUUCCCCAACUUAAAUUCCUAAAAAGAGGAGCUGGAAGGAAUUUGGUUGGGCUGAGGAUUCAACUUUCAAGCAUUAUAAAGUUAUCCUUGUCAAUGCUGCUCAUAGUGGGGGUGUGCACAAACAUAGGGGGAGCUCCAUGAUCUCACUUCUGCUGGUAAUAAGUAUUGUGGCCUUUGUGGCAAAGGUCAUCGUCAUCACAAGGCGAGACCAUCUCGGAAGAGGAAUCAGACAUUGUCUCUCCACGGAUAUCUUUUACUUCCUUGUUUGGCUGUUAUUAGUGAACUUGAUGACGAACUGAAGCUAUUUCUACUAUUUUAAUAUUUUCCCAGUUUGCUUGAUAAAACUUCAAACUCGUAAACAUGUUUUCAGAGUCAUGCGAUUCAUUCAUACAAUGUUUUGUUUAAUCAAA